AUGCCCCGCUACGACAUGAACAGUGGAAGGGUCGACGCUCGAGAUCCUCACUGGCUCGCAUAUCGUGUGGCAGAUGCACUUGCAAGUCACACUACGAACAUCAUAUCGAACUUCGAGCACGAUGCCGGCGGCUGGGAGGGUUGGCUCCAAGUCGAACUCAUGUCUGCCUUCACGGCACUGUGUGACUCGGCAGCGACAUGGGCGCGGCGGUCCUCUCUGUUCGAAAGCGUUGAGACCGAGUUCUUACGCGAGGAAGCAUACAAGCCAGCGAGCGACGAUGAUCGCUUGCCCGAACCUUUCCGCAACUUCGUGCCGGUGGACAACUCUUUCAUCACCCUCGACGGAUCGACCUAUCGACAGUGGAAGAAGGUCUCUGAGCCCAAAGCGAAAGUGCAGCGAGCGGACUUUGUGAUCCGAGUGGAGGUCGAUGGGGAGCUGUCCGAGUCACACUAUGUGGAAUUGAAGUGCAGGAGCUCCAAAGAGUCCAGCUCAGAAUUUGUGAGCCGAGUCAAGGAAGAUAUCAAGAAAGUCCGACAAACAGACUGGGCCGCAUGGCGCACGACUGAGAGCGCACUUUCUGUAUGGAUUGUGGCGGUCUCCAUAGGCAGCACUGACGAAGUCGAUCAACGUAUGAACGAGGCCGCAAGGGAGGCAGGCUUUCAAUGGAAUGUGAUUCCGCUCGCGAAUUUUGCGGAUGGUGCAGGCGAGAUGAAGAUAUGGGCUCAUGGAGAGCGAUAUAGGGGCUUUGAUACCGAGUUGUUGUUCGGCUAUGCGAGCCAACACUCGCUCCAAAAGUAUGCGGAGUUUGGCGAAGUAGAGAGACCGGAGCCGUCUUAUGAUCCAGAGGAGCAUUACAUGUAG